UGUUGUUGUUUUCGUUCAGCAGAACAGAAGAGUCGACAUCUUUGAAAUCGAUCGCAUUAUCGUAGGUUAUGACUGUUUUUUAAGCUAAUAAUCGUCACUCCGGGGCAUUAUUUGGAGAACCCUGACGCAACAGUGGACCAGUGGAGUAAAUCCGAACUUGUCGUGUUUUGAGUAAAACUUGUUUUUUGUAUUUUUCAAAGAUGGGCAGUCAGUACCAGCGCACAGUACCACUCGAGGUGAGGAGAGCAGAGGGAGAGAGAGUCCGGGCCAAACAUCCUGACAAAAUACCGAUCAUUGUGGAGAGGGCCCCGAGGUCACGAGCUCCUGAACUGGACAAGAAGAAAUAUCUAGUGCCCUCAGAUUUAACAGUUGGCCAGUUGUGCUUCCUGAUCCGUCAGCGUGUGUCUUUGAGACCGGAGGAGGCGCUCUUCUUCUUUGUCAACAACUCCCUUCCCCCAUCCAGCUCCCCUCUCUCUGCUGUAUAUGAGGAGCAUCAUGAAGAGGACCUGUUUCUCUACAUGACCUACAGUAAUGAGAGUGUGUACGGUGCUUGAGAAAAAGACUGCAGAAAGAGAGAGAGACAGAGAGAGAAUGAGACUGAGGAAUAAAGAGUUUGUAAUGCUUCACACCACUAUUAUUCUCUAUAUUAGUUCUGAUAAGUAACUACAGUACAUGGUGGAAGAACGGCUUUGCACAAAGCAGAAGGGUCGCUGAGGGUUUACCUUCAUCAGUAUUUCGGGAUGAGCAUUAAGCAUUUUACUCAAGUUAUGUUGAUUCCUUAUUUGGUGAAAAGAGGAAGGGUGUAAUAGAAAGAAAGAAUAAAUGCAUGGCAAAAGGAAGUUAUUGAAAUUAUGUUGCGAGAUCUCUCAUUAUCUUUCUCAGUCAUCUGUAUUUAAUGCAAAUAGUGUUUUUCUGUUUUUUUUGUAAAUUAAUAUCAUAAACUUUUGUGGAAAAUAAAAGAUGGAAAAGA